AUGCAGUCAACAAUUCGAAUACCGCUGCGGCUGGCGCCCCGUAUGGCCAAUGGUAUCGCUCGACCCUUCCGCAGCAUCCAUGUCUCCGCCAUCAAAGCCGCCAACGUCGCCCCCGUCGUUGGCACCGGGCCGCCCCCCGAAGCGCCAGUCGAGCGCACCCUCAACGACGAGCGCGUGGAGCGCCGGCGGCGGCAGGCCGAGAUGCUCAGGACGGCCCAGGAAAUCCGCAGCUCCAAGGACAUGAAGAAGUCCUCUUCCUCCUCGUCAGCCUCGCCCAUCAAGCGCCGCUUCUGGAGGGACGUCCGCGUCGACGAGGUCAACGGCGCGCUGCAGGUGCUCCUCGACGCGCGCCCGCUGCGCCACCCCAACACCAAGGAGAUUGUCCGCGUGCCGCUCAGCAAGCCGACGCUCGCGGCGGCGCUCGCCAUCGAGUGGGACCUGCUCACGUCGGCGCAGCAGGCCACGCAGCAGCACCUCAUCCCGCUGACGAGCCUCGUCUGCCGCGCCCUCGACAUUGCCGCCGAAGACGCCGCCGCUGCCACAACCGGCGUCGCCGCCGCGACGCGCACUGCUAUUGCCAACUCGGUGCUGCGCUACCUCGACACCGACUCCCUGCUGUGCUGGGCGCCGCCCGCCGGGGCGCGGGACCUGCUCAACGACGCCGGCGAGUCCCUCCGCGACGUCCAGAAGCGCGCCGCCGAGGACACGGUCGGCUUCCUGACGACGCAUGUCUGGCCCGGCAUCACCAUAAAGCCCGUUCUCGACGGCCACUCCAUCUUCCCCGCCAGCCAGGACGAGGGCGUGCGCGAGGUCGUCCAGGGUUGGGUCCUGGGCCUAUCGGCCUGGGAGCUUGCCGGUCUGGAGCGCGCCGUGCUCGCGGGCAAGAGCCUCGUCACCGCCGCCCGCUUCAUUGCCGAGUGGAGCGAUGGCCCUGCUGGUCUGCGCGACGCGGCGACGCGCGAGACGAGGUUUGGCGCCGAGGAGGCAGCUCGCGCGACGAGUUUGGAGGUUGACUGGCAGACGUCCAAUUGGGGCGAGGUGGAAGAUACCCACGAUGUGAAUAGGGAGGAUGUUCGUCGCCAGCUUGGCAGCGUUGUCCUGCUCGUCUCGGGCACAAGCAAGUCGUCGUAG